AAGUUUUGGUUAAAUGACAGCAAAGAUUUAUCUUCUUCAACCAAUCAAAGUGAUCGAAUUUUGCAACGUUAACUUCAAUGAUCGGUGUUGUCAGUAUUCAUAACCCUGACAUCUGCAACUUUGUUUAGACUUAUAUAUGCAACUUUCUGCAAACAGGAAACCCUUGAUUUUCCAUAAAUUUAUUUCCUUCACAAUAAGAUUAUCUUGUAUUUUCAAUUUUUCCUCACCACACAUGACUAACUGAACCUUAUCCCAAGCUUAUGGCUCCAAAAAUUGAUCCAGUGACCUGCGCUAACACAUCAAAACGCUGCGUACCAUUAUGUUCAGGCUUUCUACUAGCUUGUUUACUUGCUUUUGCACUCCAAAUCUUCUUCUUCUCGCCAAUAUCUCCUGACUUGCUUGAACUUCUCCCAGUAUCUCAUCUCCCUACGAAUAGCUAUUUACAGAGUGUGAUUAAACUUGGAGAGGGAGUAUUGAAAGACCCAGAAGAUGUUUGUGUGGAUGCAAAGGGUGUACUAUAUACAGCAACUAGAGAUGGUUGGAUUAAAAGAUUGCAGAAAAAUGGAACGUGGCAAGACUGGAAGAAGAUAGACAGUGAUGCUUUACUUGGAAUCACAGCAACGAAGGAAAAUGACCUUAUUGUAGUAUGCGAUGCUGAAAAGGGUUUGCUUAAGGUUAAUGAAGACGGCGUAACUGUUCUAGCAUCACACUUCAACGGGUCCCAAAUAAGGUUUGCGGAUGAAGUGAUUGCGGCAUCAGAUGGCAGUUUAUAUUUUAGUGUAGCGAGCACCAAAUUUGGACUCCAUGACUGGCAUCUCGACGUGCUUGAGGCAAAACCUCACGGUCAACUGCUCAAGUAUGACCCGGUAUUGAAUAAGACAUCAAUGUUGCUUGAUGGUUUAGGCUUUACUAAUGGGGUAGCACUCUCAAAAGAUGAAGACUAUUUGGUGUUUUGUGAAACAUGGAAAUUCAGGUGCUGCAAGUAUUGGCUCAAGGGCGAGACGAAAGGAGAGACUGAAACUUUCAUUGAAAACCUUCCAGGUGGACCUGAUAACAUUAAUCUUGCCCCAGAUGGCUCUUUCUGGAUCGCUUUGCUUCAGUUGCGUUCUAAGAGGCUGGAAUUUGUGCACACUUCUAAGGCAUGCAAACAUUUCCUAGCAGCAUUUCCGAAACUGUUCAGACUGAUCAACCCCAUAUACAAGAAAGCAUCGGUUGUGAAUGUGGCAACGGAUGGCAAGAUAAUCAGGAAGUUGGACGAUCCUAAUGGAAAGGUGAUGAACUUUGUGACUAACGCUCUGGAGUUUGAAGAUCAUCUCUACUUGGGUAGCCUUAACUCCAACUUCAUUGGGAAAUUGCCGCUGAAAACAGCGUAAUUGUUAAAGUUGGAGUCUGAAAGGAAAAAUAUGUUGUACCACAGACAUAAAUAAAGAAACAAUCUGCACUUCAAUGUUUUUAUUUUAUAUAGUUUGUAAGGCUUCAACUUCAAUGAUCAAUCAAAUUUUGAAUAAGACAUAACUAGACCUCUGGUUAUACGCUUUUUUAUUAAUAGAAAGUUAGAGCAAUA